AUGUGGAAAUCUUGUUAUUAUCUAUGGAUUUUUCACAUUACUAUUUUACAAUCCUUUCAUUAUGGUGAAGCGAAAAUAAUUAAAAAAAAUCUAGCAGAUCAGCUAAAUAUGGAUCAAGCCUAUUUGACAAUUAGCAAUAAAAAUUAUUCAGAUCCAAUAUUGUUUACUUAUAAUGUGAUAGCUUGUGAACAUUGUGAUUUUGAAGCAUUAGACAAUGCUGUUCAACCGAAUUCGAGUAAAACUGUAACAAUUGAUACACAAUAUCCAUAUGAUUUUCAACUUAUUUCCCAAACAAAAAGUCGAACAUUGGUUUGCCAAAUACAUUCGUAUCACUUUUCUGAACAUGGCUCGUAUUUAUUUGAAAUUAUGGAAAUAAAUCCAAAUGAAGUUUCUUGUACAAUAACUCAAACAAAAGCAUCAAGUCAUUAUUGGCUACCGAUUAUAAUUGCAGUAAUUAUUCUUUGUACGAUUGUGCUAUCUAUUCAAUUGUGUCACCAGCUUUAUCAUUCUCGAUAUAUUGGUCGUAUUUUGAUAAAUAUUGGUCAUCGUCAAUUAAUUAAUGAUGAAACAAAUAUUACACCACCAACAAGUCCAAUAUUAUCUAGAAGAGAACCAUUGAUGCUACAACCUGGCACUCCAAAUGAUAAUAUUCUCAGUGCAGCAAAUAGCAUCGGUUCAUUACCAUUGGCCGAGUCUACUAAUAAAUCCAAAGAUUCUAGUAAAAAAAUGCGAGUGCUACCAAAACGUCUACAAGCAUUGGAUACAUUUCGAGGAUUUUCAUUGAUGGUAAUGAUUUUUGUUAAUUAUGGUGGCGGUGGUUAUUGGUUUUUUGAUCAUUCAGUUUGGAAUGGUUUAACUCUUGCUGAUUUGGUUUUUCCAUGGUUUGUUUGGAUGAUGGGUGUGUCCAUUGUUCUUUCUCAACGGUCACUUCUUAAGAAAAAAAUACGACGAACAAGUAUUUUAUUAAAAAUAUGUCGACGAACUUUAAUACUAUUUUUAUUGGGUUUACUGUUACAAGGUGGAGAGGGAAAGCCAAAAGAUCUCCGAAUUCUUGGUGUUCUUCAACGUUUAGCUUUAUGUUAUUUUUUUACUGCAAUACUUGUACUUAUUUUUGAUCCGUCUGAAAAUGAAUCACAUGUGUCACAAUGGCCAACACGUGAUAAUACACAUCAACCAAUACGCGCUGAAUUAUCAAAUACCGUAUUUCAAUUUUGGCCAGAAUGGCUUUUUAUUUUAGGAAUUAUUAUUUCAUGGAUAUUGAUUACAUUUGUUCCAAAAUUAAGUAAUUGUCCAAGAGGUUAUGUAGGUCCUGGCGGAAAACAUGAACAUGGAAAAUAUACAAAUUGCACUGGAGGAGUGGCUGGAUAUCUUGAUCGUACUAUAUUGGGCAGUUCUCAUAUGUACGGUUAUCCGACUUGUAAAGAGAUUUAUAAAACUCAAAUACCUUAUGAUCCUGAAGGCCUUUUAGGUAUUCUUACGGGAAUAUUUCUUUGUUAUCUUGGAGUUCACGCUGCUCAUACUUUUGUUUAUUCAACACGAGUUCGCCGUGUUUGCAUACAAUGGAUUGUAUCGGGUCUUAUUUGUGGCUUUUUAGGUUUACUUUUAUCGAAAGGUGGUCAUUCCGAGAGUUGGAUACCUAUUAAUAAAAAUCUUUGGUCUUUAACUUUUAUAUUUGUACUAUCCAGCCUUGCUUUUAUAAUCUUAACUAUAUUGUAUUUACUUGUGGAUGUGUAUAAAUUGUUUACCGGUGAACCAUGGCUAUGGUUGGGUAUGAAUUCUAUCGUCAUCUAUGUUGGCCAUGAUGUUUGUUCGGACAAGUUUCCCAUACAAUUUCAAGUCGACUCAACACAUGCGAAACUGCUUGCAUUACAUGUUUAUGGUGCUAUGUGUUGGGCUUUUAUUGCUGGUCUACUGUAUUUUAAUAAGAUUUUUAUUGCCAUUUAG